CACAACUUCCUAACCACCUUCCUUUGUCCUUUCUUCACCGUCGGUCGCCGCCGUCCCCUUCUUCCCGCCGUUUCCUGGCCGCCGGAAAGAAGCUAUUUCUUUUUUGUUGAGCUAAAUUAUCUGAAUUCCGGUACUAGAUUCUUCAAAUUCACGAGUCCUUCCCUUAGUCAACGCUGAAAUUAGGUGUGGGUAUGUGGCUUGCUGUUAAUCGGUAUCAUGGUUGUCGUCUCUUUGUACUCGACUUUUGGGGCCGUACCGAAGCUGAUUAGUGAUUAGUUCUCUUAGUUCUCUAUCUUUCUUCUUUUUUUCUUCUUCUCAAUUUUGACUUUUGAUCUGUAAUUCAAACUUGUCCGAUCAUCAAUCACCUAAAUCUCCGGAUUUAGAUCUUCAAACGCGCGCGUGCACACACACACAAAAAGGAGCUUAGAUGGAAGCGAGUGUGGGAGACCGUUAUUACCAUAUGGGAGGACCGGAUCUGCGAGGAUUAGGGAAGAGGAGCUUAGAGUGGGAUGUAACUGAUUGGAAAUGGGACGGAGAUCUUUUUAUUGCGACUCCUCUUCGUCAAAACCCUUCUAAUAAUUACCAAAGCAGGCAGUUCUUCCCCGUCGAAACUGGGAAUCUGGUGGCUUCAUCCAACAGUUCAUCUUCCUGUUCAGAUGAAACAAAUCACGGGAUAGAACAACAGAGGAGGGAACUGGAGAAAAGGAGAAGGGUGAUUGUCGUUGAUGAAAAUGAUUCCGGUGGGACCCUUUCGUUGAAGCUUGGUGGACAAGCUGAGCCUGUAGCUGAAAAGAGGACAAAAUUGGCUGCUGCCGCUGCUCCACCUGCACCUGUUACUGGUACUACAAGAGCUGUAUGUCAGGUUGAUGAUUGUGGGACCGAUCUAAGUAAGGCUAAAGACUACCAUAGACGGCAUAAAGUUUGUGAGAUGCACUCCAAAGCUAGUAGAGCUCUCGUUGGGAAUGUUAUGCAGCGUUUCUGCCAGCAGUGCAGCAGGUUUCAUGCACUUCAAGAGUUUGAUGAAGGAAAACGAAGUUGUCGUCGACGCCUAGCUGGGCAUAAUAAAAGGAGGAGAAAGACACAAUCAGAAUCUGUAGCUAACAACAAUUCAUCGAAUGAUGGACAGGCUAGUGGUUAUUCCUUGAUGAGCCUGCUAAAAAUGCUCUCCAAUAUGCACUCCAACGGAACUAACCACACUGAAGAUCAGGACCUUUUGGCCCAUCUACUAAGAAGCAUUGCCGGCCAGGGUUCGUUGAACGGGGAUAAAAGCUUAUCUGGACUUCUGCAAGAAUCUUCAAACUUGCUGAACAAUAGGUCAAUCCUUCGAAAUCCAGAAUUAGCUUCCUUGAUCUCAAAUUGUUCACAGGCACCUCCUAGAGCCAAAGAACAUCAGUUCACUAAUUCGGCAGCUGAGAUGCCUCAGAAAAGGUUAGAUGCACAUGAUGUCAGGCUUGAAGAUGCGCGGACGGCUUCUUCUCAAAGCCCAGGCAUUUUGUUUCCCCCAAUUCAAAGCAAUUCUCAAGCUUAUGCACAAGGCAGGGGAAGUACCACUGGAAGGAGCAAGUUGAUUGACUUCGACUUGAAUGAUGUUUAUGUUGAUUCGGAUGACAAUAUAGAAGAUAUAGAUAGAUCCCCUGUGCAGUGCCCAUCUUGGUUACAGCAGGACUCUCACCAGUCAAGUCCACCUCAAACAAGUGGUAAUUCAGAUUCCGCUUCUGCCCAGUCACCUUCCAGUUCCAGUGGUGACACUCAGACACGCACUGAUCGGAUUGUUUUUAAACUAUUCGGGAAAGAUCCUAGUGAUUUUCCAUUUGUCGUACGAGCUCAGAUUCUUGACUGGUUAUCUCGCAGUCCUACUGAGAUUGAGAGCUACAUUAGGCCUGGUUGUGUUGUGUUAACAGUAUAUCUGCGGCUUCCCGAGUCUGCAUGGGAAGAGCUUUGUUAUGAUCUGAACUCCAGUCUGAGUAGGCUUUUGGAUGUCCAUGGUGAUGAUAGUUUCUGGACAAAAGGAUGGAUUUACAUUAGCGUGCAGAACCAAAUCGCAUUUGUUUGUGAUGGUCAGGUUCUUUUGGAUAUGUCCUUGCCCUCUGGGAGUAAUGAGCACAGUACAAUUUUAAGUGUCAGACCAAUAGCUGUGCCAGUAUCUGAGAGAGCUCAAUUUUUAGUCAAAGGCUAUAAUUUGUCAAAGCCAUCCACAAGGUUGCUUUGUGCUUUAGAAAGUAAUUACCUGGUUCCAGAAGCUAAUAACGAGGUAGAACAACAUGUUGAUGGCAUUGACAAUGAUGAUAAGCUCCAAUCCCUAAAUUUCACAUGUUCAGUUCCAGCAGUUACUGGAAGAGGAUUUAUUGAGGUUGAAGAUCAGGGACUCAGCAAUAGCUUCUUCCCUUUCAUAGUUGCAGAGGAAGAUGUUUGCUCUGAGAUCCGUAUGCUUGAGAGUGAACUAGAUUUGACUUCAGCUAAUUAUGUCAAGGGACAGAUAAAUAAUAUGGAAGCAAGAAAUCAAGCCAUGGAUUUUAUUCAUGAACUGGGUUGGCUGCUUCAUAGAAAUAAUUUGAAGGCUAGAUUAGAGCAUUUUGGUCCUGACCCUGUUCUCUAUCCUUUGAAGCGGUUCAAGUGGCUUAUUGAUUUCUGCGUAGACCAUGAAUGGUGUGCAGUUGUUAAAAAACUGUUGAACGUUCUUCUUGAUGGAACUGUGGGCGCAGGAGACAGUUCUUUCUUGAAAUUUGCUCUCACUGAGAUGGGUCUUCUGCAUAGAGCUGUGCGUAGGAAUUCUAGGCCUCUGGUGGAAUUGCUAUUAACGUACUCUCCAGAGAAAGUAGCAGAUGAACUAAGUUCUGAAUACCAAUCCCUGGUUGAGAUUGACGGGGAAUUCUUGUUUAGACCUGAUUGUGUAGGGCCUGCAGGUUUGACACCGCUUCAUGUUGCAGCUGGCAUAGAUGGAUCUGAAGAGGUACUAGAUGCAUUGACAGAUGAUCCUGGAAAGGUGGCAAUUGAAGCGUGGAAGAAUACUCGUGAUAGCACAGGUUUCACACCAGAAGAUUAUGCACGCCUGCGAGGACAUUAUUCUUACAUUCACCUGGUGCAGAGGAAGAUUAGCAAGAAAGCAACCAGCGGACAUAUAGUGGUUGAUAUUCCUAUUGUUCCAUCUAUUGAGAACAGCAACCAGAAAGAAGAAGAGUUUGCAACCAACAGCUUAGAGAUAUCAAUGACCGAGAGAAGACCCAUUUCUCGGCCCUGUGGGCUAUGUCAUAAGAAGCUGGCUUAUGGUAGUCGGAGCCGAUCCCUACUGUACAGGCCUGCGAUGUUCUCGAUGGUGGCCAUGGCGGCCGUAUGUGUUUGUGUUGCUCUUCUAUUCAGGGGCUCGCCAGAAGUUCUGUACAUUUUCCGUCCAUUUAGGUGGGAAAUGGUGGACUUUGGAACAAGCUGAUUUUACCACCACAAUAAAUCUCAUAAAAAGUAUAUUAGUUACUUGUACCAGUACUCGUCUAUAUAAAAAAACGUAGAGUCUGAGAUAUGCUGUAGGAAUAGCCCUCCAGGCAGUUGUUAUACCAAGUGUUAACAUAUUUAUUUUGUUUGAUGAAAUGUAUCUUUCCAUUGGGGCCUCGUAACCAGGCCUAAAACUUUCUACCUCGUUUACUCUGCCCUUUUAACUUUACUUGCAUUUUGGUAAUAUUGGAUACUGUAAAAAAGAUAAAUUUAUUUGUGAAACAACAAUAAGCGUCUUUGCAGAUGUAUUUCGAAGGUUGACUGCGUCCUUUUCA